UCACAUAUACAAUUUUUAUUUGUAUUUACGUUUAUACUAAAAGAAAAUAAAAAACAUAACAGCUGAGCAUACUUACGUUUAGUGUAUAUUAAGAAUAACUUAUGGAUUGAUAUGCGGUGGACUAGCUAAUAAUAGGACACAUUUAGUUUAUUUUUUACAUUGAUAUAUCUGGUUGCGGAUGUGUUAGAGACCCAACUAAAAAUAAUGUUACCGAUGUUGAGUAUAAAUUUAGCGCCACAGGUAUUUAAGCCAACUGUAAGCUGAAUAAUAUAAUAAUUCGCUCCGUGGUCGAGCAUGUUAAAGUACGCGACAGUAAAAUACACAUUCCUUAAAAAUUUUAUAAUAUUUUUUCGCAUGUUAGAUAUACUAGCAGAUUUACACGAAAUUUCAUAAUUUCGUUCAUAUAUUAGUUAAAACAUACAACAGAUAUGAAGAAUAACUAUAAAAUUUCGGAUACACCUGUAAAAGCUGGUGAUCUUUUGUUAAACGAAAACCCAUUUGUUUAUGUUCUUUCGUCCAAGGAAAAAGGAUUAAGAUGUGAUAAUUGUUUACAAAAGUCAAAGGUGCUCAAAUGUUCAGGAUGCCAGUUUGUCCAUUACUGUGGACGAGUAUGUCAGAAAGAAGCUUGGAGUGGACAUAAGUGGGAAUGCUCUAACUUGAAGAGAGUUGCACCAAAGAUAAUACCAGAUGCUGCUCGUAUGCUGGCUAAGAUAGUGAACAGAUUAAGUCGAGGUGAUGGCCAAUCAUAUCGUGCUUACUAUACGAAGACCUCGUUUCGAAUGUGGAAGGAUUUAAUGUCACAUUAUCCAGAUUUAAAACAAGACAAGAAACGAAUGGAUCAUUUUACAUCACUUUGUAUGGUGCUGUUUGAGUUCCUCAAAGACAUAUCAUUACCUAAUACUGUUGAGUUAAUGGGAAUGUAUGGUAGAAUGGUCAUCAACAGCUUUACAAUAUUAGAUAUAGACAUGAACUCGAUUGGUACUGGAAUAUAUUUAGCAUCCUCUAUUGUAGACCACAGCUGUGACCCCAACGCUGUAGCCACAUUUGAUGGUAACAUAAUUAAUAUCAGAGCAAUACAAGAUAUGCCCAAUUUGGAUUGGAAUCAGAUUCGUAUCUCAUAUAUCGAUCUUUUGAAGACACCGUACGAGCGUCAAACUGAGCUACUGGAAAAUUAUUACUUCUUAUGCGAGUGUGACAGGUGCUUUGGUGACAUUCAAAUAAAAAUAUUACACGCAGCAAAAUGUCCAAAUCAAAAAUGUGACAAUUCUGUUAAAAUAUCAUGGAAGGAUUGUGACUUGGUCAGAAAACCUAAAGAUGAAAGUAAAAAGAAUGGAUAUAUCAAAGAGAAUGGAGAUAGCAAUAAUGAGAGUGAGAAAGAAGAGUCAGAAUGUAAUAAUAAGAGUGAAAUAGUAAGAGAGGGAGAAUGCAGUGCAUGUGGUACAAAAUGCACAGAUAAACAGAUAGAAGUUUUUAAAAAGGCAAUGGAAUUCACUGAGAUGCAUUUACAGAAAAUGAAAAGUUCUUCUGUUGCAUAUGUAGAUGUUUGUAAGUUCUGCUUAGAGAAACAAGAGGGGAUUUUACAUCCACUGAAUGUGAUGCACGCACAGACCAUGGACCAUGCAUUUGAUGCACUCAUACAAGUCCAAUUGUGGGAGACCGCCUGUCUCUAUGCUGAAAAACUUAUACCAUGUUUCAAAUUUUACUAUGGUGAAAGGCAUCCGUUACUAGGAUUGUUACAUUUGAAAUAUGGAAAAAUAUUGCUGUACAAAAUGGAUCUGUCAAAAGCCUUAGAACAUCUGAAGUUAGCUGAAAAAAUACUAAAGAUUACACACGGUGACCGACAUCCAUUGUACAAAGAACAGUUACUGCCGUUACUAAGUCAAGCUAUGCUCGAGUCCUAGUGAGUUUUGCGUAGUUGCUGGUGAUAUUGUCAAUUAUUUUCAAACAGACGUGUCAAUUGUUUAUUGUAUUGUGUAAUAAAGACAAAUAAAUCAUA